AUGGCUCUGCUUCUGCUCUGUGCAUUCGCCGCCCUCCUUGCAUGGUCUCAAGCACUCUCAACUAGGUCUGCGGACUCACAAGAACUCGCUCGCCGAGCAGCGGUCCCCAGCGACUAUACCAGCCAACGAUACGGCCUGCCACCCGUAGAAGAAGCUACACCGAAUAUCAACAAGGAAUAUGAUCUCCUCGAUAUCGUGCUUGUUGCCUCCGUCGAUGGGAAAUUCCAUGCACUCAAGCGGUCGACAGGCCAUAUACUAUGGUCCAUGUCCUCCUUCGCUACAACCACCAGCGUUUCAGCACCCUCUUCAUUGGCGCCGCUCGUGCGCUCUUCACAUCCAACACCAGACUUUGAGGCCUUCGAUGAACCACAGCAAGAGACAUAUAUAAUCGAACCGCAGUCGGGUUUCAUUUACGUCCUGCCUACUCCCGAUGCACCGCUCCAACGCUUUCCGUUCACCAUGGCCGAGCUCGUCGAACUGUCACCGUUUACAUCUGGCAAUCCGAACGAUACGCGAGUAUUUGUAGGAAGGAAAGAGACAUCUCUCUUGUUGAUCGAACUGGAAACGGGAAAGAUCAAGGCGACCCUUAAUGCAGAGUGUCCGUUUAUCCCUGAUGAGUUCGAGGACACGCCAAUCGACUUGGACGAGUUGGAGGGGAGCAAACCACCCAUGUCUGCCCCAACGGAGGUUUACAUUGGUCGUACCGAUUAUAUUAUAACCAUACACCAGAAACCCAAGCCUGGUAUGCCGCUUAUACCUGCUCAAGAACUGUCGUUUUCAACAUAUGGGCCAAAUAACAAGGACAACCACUUGCAAGCUAUCUACCAUCGAACAAACGACGAUAUGUACGUCCAAUCCCUCACCAACGGAGAAAUUAUCGCUUUCCACGCCACAAGUGGUCAUGAGAAGGGGAGAAAGGCCAAGCCAACUGACCCCGAAUCUGGGAAAGCGCUGUGGGGGCAUCCAUUCAAAACACCUAUAGUCGCCAUAUUCGAUGUCCUGCAACCUGUCCCCGCGACCCCUCACCAUGGACAUUCUGCACACCCAAUAGUGUUGCUGCAACCCCGACCACGCUUGCAAGAUUUGUUUCCAAAACUUUCUUCAGGCCCUGGCCUUGCAGAUCCUCUUUUGGGAAAGUUGGCAUCGGCGUAUGUUGGACUGGUGGAAGAAACUGGUAGUCUCUUUGUCAUGAGUGCGGACCGAUAUCCUCUCGUCGUAUUUUCAGGAGGCGACAGGCCCGGACUGUCCGGUGGUGAGAAUGGCGUGGAGAGCACUUACGGGAGGAGAACCAAAUAUCGCGCAAUCGACCCGCCGAAUGCGCACACGAACUCGGACGAGGCGCAUGUUGGCGUGCUAGAGGACGUUGAAGCGGCGGAUCGAGAGUAUUGCGCAGAGAACCCGUACGAUCCUCGGUGUCUUGUCGGCGUGCGGGGGAUGGAGCUGGGCGAUGGUGUCGAGGAUCGGAUGAAGAGGUUGAUCGACGGGCCGAAGACACAGGCGCCAGCGGAGCAACAGCCUAUGGGAGGCAAUCCACAGCAUCGGCCGGUGGUGCAGAUUAGCCCGUUGAGGGAUGUGGUUGUGGAGGAUAGUGAAAAUAGCAGUGGAGGCGGGUCGCCGCAGGGCAGGAAGCUUUUGGAAAUUGAUGGCCCACCGACUGGGAGCGUUUCGUCGAGGUAUCAACUGGUCGGGAGCAUUGACUCAAAUGGUGGACAAUUUGGGAGGCCGCCGUUUGGAGGUGCUUGGGAGGCUGUUAUUUUGUCGACGCUGUUUGGUCUCUUAACGGUGUGGGUAAUGUGGGCCAAGGUCAAGAUCAGGGUUGGGCUAGGCAAGCAGAAUUCCUCCGAGGUUGUGGACGCUUCUCCAAAAACCACGAAGUUGGAGGAAGCUGUUGGGAUUUCCAAGGCGGAGGGAGAUACCAAGCUGCAAGUCAUUGCUGCCGAAUCGGAUCCCACGAUACAGAAUAAGGAUUUGGACUCUAUUGCUUCGCGGCCUGCUGCUGCUGCGAAUGUCGAUGAAUCGCCGACAUCUGUGCCCGGGGGUGUGGGAACAAGCAAAAAAGAGACGCCCACUCUCGACCUUCCGCCAAUUCCUACACCUUUAGCGCCAUCUGAGGGCCUUGCGACGCCUAUACCUGGCACUCCUACUCCUGGUUCUGGCGCACCUCUUGGUGCCGAGGAUGGAGAGGAUAAUGAAGGUGAGGCUGACGGUGGUGCUUCUGCUACACCUGGAAAACGGAGACGACCGAGAGGACAGAGGGGAAAGAAGAAGAAACAGGGACUCGCACCUGCGCCUGGAAGUGGGGAGUGGGUGGAUAUAGCAAAGGAUCAACCGUCCCCACCAAAAGAAGAGGAAGAGAAGAAGCCGUCGAUCAUUUUAACGUCUUCUUCACCCAAGCCCCCUGUUAUUCAACCACCGUCAUUGGUGGUUUCAGAUACCAUCCUUGGCUUUGGGUCGCAUGGUACUGUCGUGUUUCAAGGUUCACUGCAGGGACGAGCUGUUGCGGUCAAGCGUCUUCUACAGGACUUUGUCACUCUUGCCGCACGCGAAGUUUCUAUUCUUCAAGAAUCUGACGACCAUCCAAAUGUUAUCCGAUACUAUUAUCAAGAAUCACAGGGGAACUUCUUAUACAUCGCACUCGAAUUGUGUCCAGCGUCUCUGGCAGACAUCAUCGAGUGUCCGGAUCGCGAACAAUGGCGGGAUAUCGCAAUCAAUUUUGACCCAAAACGUGCGUUGAAGCAGAUAACAAGCGGGUUGCGGCAUUUGCACGCGUUGAAGCUAGUACAUCGGGACAUCAAGCCUCAGAACAUACUAGUGUCAUUCGCCAAGUCGGGUGCGGGUGGUGGGUUUGGAGGCAGGGCUGGUGGUGCAGGCGCUGCUUAUCGGAUGCUCAUCUCAGAUUUCGGGUUGUGUAAGAAGCUGGAUACGGAUCAGACGAGCUUUUUGCCCACAGCGCAUGGCGCGAUGGGUGCUGGAACGGUAGGAUGGCGCGCACCGGAGAUUUUGAGAGGGGAGGUGAAGCUGGAUGAGAUGAGUACGGGUGAUGAUGCAUCGCUUUCGUCUAGGGGCUCGGUGGCGACGAUCAAUGGCAAUUCGUCGACGUCUUCCGGUGGAGGUGUGCCGUCUAGUAAUAUGACGAGGUUGACGAAGAGUGUGGAUAUUUUUGCGUUGGGCUGUUUGUUCUAUUACACGCUGACGAAUGGCGGUCAUCCAUAUGGGGAUCGGUUUGAGAGGGAGGUCAAUAUCAUGCGGGAUGAGAAGGAUCUAAGUGGGUUGGAAAGAUAUGGGGAAGAGGGCACGGAGGCGAAGAAUUUGAUUGAAGCGAUGCUGAGCUUUGAGGCAAGGAAGAGACCUGAUACCACGACAUGUUUGCUGCAUCCUUUCUUCUGGGACCCCGGUCGCCGCCUCAACUUCUUGCAAGAUGCUUCUGAUCGGUUCGAGAUCAUGUGCAGAGACCCUAAAGACCAGCACCUACUUACGCUGGAGACCGGUGCUCAGAGUGUCGUUGGCAAUGACUGGCAUUCAAGGCUAGACAAAAUUUUCAUCGACAACCUUGGCAAGUACAGAAAGUAUGAUGGGCGGAGCGUUCAGGAUCUCCUGCGGGCAUUGAGAAACAAGAAACAUCACUAUCAGGAUUUACCGGAUAAUGUUAAGCGACAUCUGGGCCCCAUGCCUGAGGGUUUCUUGGGGUACUUUACCAGGCGGUACCCUCAGCUAUUCUUGCAUGUGCAUGGUGUCAUACAGGAUACAGGCCUCCACAGUGAAUCGAUGUUCAGGACGUACUUUGAACUACCUGAUUCAUGA